GCAGUUGGCUCUUUAAAUGGACUAGUCACAGACAAGGGGUAGAGUAUGCGUUUUGAGGUCUUCAAUACAGCAGAUGCAGAGAGGGGAGUGAAUGUAAAAGGAGAGGAGGAGGAGGGGGAUGGUGAGCACCAGAUUGUACCUCUGAGAGGGGAGCAUCUGUCACUCUCCAUCUUGCUCUCAGUACUAACCCAACCACUCCUGGUUCUGCUGCAUCUCUGACUCCCAGCUUGGCUACGGCUCUGAGUAAUAACAAUGGGGGCAAAGCUAAGUAAGAAGAAGAAGGGAUAUUGUCUUGGUGCUGGUAAAGAUGGAGAGUCUACAGAAACAACAGAAGUUGAACCGAAAGAAACAGAGACUCAGGAGGGGCAAAAAGAUGCAGCAGAACCACUUGGUGAAAAAACUCCCAUUGACCAAACUAAGAACAAUGGUGUAAGUGAGGAACCGAAAGCCCAAGCAGAGAAACGGUCCAGCACUGAGGUUACAUCUGGUGAAACUACCAAAGAGAAUUCCAACAAAGACCAAAAGCCAGAGAACAACCCUAGUACAGAACAAAAGCAAGUAGAAGAGACCAACCAAUUGCAAAACAAAUUGGAAUAUGUUGAGAGUUCAAGUACCACUCAGGAGAAGGCUUGUGAAGGAGCAAAGGAUGAGAAAAGUCCAUCUGGGGACAAACCUCAAACUGAUUGUGACUUGAAGAAGGAAGAGUCAGUGGCUAAAGAAACUCAGGAAUCCCUGCUGGUAGUGGAGCAGGAAGUUCCAGACAUUAUACAGCCAAACCAGACUGUGACCCAGCAAGCAUCAUCUGCGGUGGACAAGAAAGAAGUUGAGUCCAAACAUGUAACUGAGCCAGCGACAAAGGUGGAAGUAGAAAAGGAGAAAUCUCAGACUGUAAUGCCGAAAACAGAACAAGUUUCCGAGCAAGCAACGAAAGAGGUUACACAGGUAGUGGAUUCUGUGAUCAAACCAGAACUAUCUGAAAAAGUGCCUGAGGUUGUUGAGCUAUUAGGCACUGAAAAUGUUCUGGUAGAGCCUGUGUCGGUGGCAGAUGUUGAGCUGGUAGAGCCGAAAUUGCAAGAGCCUGUGUCUGUUUCUGAUGUAGAGCCUAAAUUGCAAGAAUCUGUAUCUGAUCCUAAAUUGCAGGAGCCUUUGUCUGUGCAGGAUAUAGAGCCUAAAUUGCAGAAGCCUGUGCUGGAUGUAGAGCCUAAAUUGCAGGAACCUGUAUCUGUGCCAGAUGUAGAGCCUGCAGUGCCUGAACCUCUGAGGAAGUCGGUGGUAGUAGAUCCUGAACCAUUAGAAACCCAUUUGCCAGUUACAGAGCUGGUAAAGUCUGAGUCAGACCUGGUGACAGAGCCAGUAGAACCUGCAUUAUCAGAGUCUGUGCUCGUGGAACAAAUGUCUAGUAAACAGCCUGCAGAUCCUGUUCCAGUGGCUGAGGGUGCAGGACCAGUGACAAACCCAGAAAGUUGCCCUGAGUCUGAGCAAGUAUGUGAAAUUAAGGAAACAAAAGAAUGCCCAUCUGAACAGUUGCCAUCAAAUGAAGUGCCUGAUCAUAUUGAAGACAAUACUGAGAAUAAGGAAACUUUAGGUUCUGGUGAUCAGGGUAUAAAUGCUGUAGAAAUCCAGUCUAUUUCUGAAUCUGUACCUGCAGAGCAGACAUCAGAUGUGACUUCAGCUGAGCAUAAUACUGAUCAAGAGGCUUUUGUAAUGCAAAAUGGAAUUUCUGAGGACUCUGUACAAGAUGUGCAGGCCAAUGCCUCAGCAGUGCAGGAAGUAGAAGAUAAGCAAAAGGGAGCAAAAGAAGAGGGCCUGGUCUUGGAUAAACAAACAGAACAGGUGGGGGAGGAUGAUUGUAAUGAUUCAGCAGUGGUUAUCUUGGAGUCCUCAAAGAAUGAAACUGAUCAAACAACCUUUAAAGCUACUACAGCAAUCUGUGACCCAGCUGAAGAUAAAACUGAGAAUGAAGAAACUCCUGGCGAAGAACGGAAAGAUGAAAAGGAGUCCUCUGCUCCGCAGAUCAUUAAUAAACAUGGUGUGGGCAAUGGCUUGCCUCUCAAAGAAGAAAUUAAGGUGCAUAUAGAGAAUGGAUCCGACAAAGACCUUCAUGAGCUUAACGGGCAGGGUGAAGGCCAUGAAAUUCAAGUAUGCAAUGAAUAAAAGCAUGAGGUCCCCUCCCGCCCACCCCUUCUUUUCCCUUUUAUUCAAAGGUUAAGUAAUGCAAAACAUCCACAAUAUGAACUGUAUACAUUUGUCUGUGACCAAAUCCUUCAUAAGAAAAAAAAAGACUAAUUUACAGUUGUGAAGUAAAAUUCAAAAACACUCUGGCCAAAUUUUUUACUGUUGACUUGAACCCUUCGAUUCUACCAAAUUAAUAUAGCUUAAUUUAUUAAUGUUAAGCUCCUAAGUAUAGGAGUCUUAUUUAUAUCAAUGUUUUCUAUCUUCUCAUUGGACAAAAGUAUUUACUAUUGAUGAUUAAAAUGCCAAUUAUUAGACAAGUGACCAAGGCCCAUGAUAAAUUGUUGUGCGCUUAACCCGAUGUUAAAAAUGUCUUAACGCAUGAACUUCACAAUGUUUUUCCACAAAUAAAAUAUCAUAUUUAAGUUUA